AUGGAAGUCCUCCUCCAUCGAGUGGAUCUCCUGCAAUGCGGGGCUUUGCAGCCUGGAACUCUGGAUGUGCUGCCAGUUGGCAAGAAGAAGCAGCAAAAAGUUGCUGUUGGUGACGACACCGGGGUGCUGCAGGUGUUCUACAUAAAAAAAGGAGAGGUUCAGUACGAAUGGAAGUCGGCUCCACUUGGACGCGAGAUCAGCUCUGUGGUUAUACAGCUUGCAAAGGACAAAAUCUUUGUUGGAUGCGGGCAAUCCAUACAUGGCUUCACUCGGAAGGGUAAGGAAUUUGUCAAGAUCAAGACGAACCUUACAGAGACGAUCAACCAUCUCUUCGUGGAGGAGAACAUGAUUUGGACUGGCGGUGAGUACAUCAUGAACAUCUACGACAGCUGCAAAGAUUAUGGCUUCGUGAUGACAAAGGAUCGCAUAAACGAUCUGACCUGUGCGCCAGUGCACAAUGGGGAGCUCCUCAGCACGAUAGUUGCCUGCCAGGACAAAUGCUUGCGAGUCUAUCAGGGGGAGAAGCUCUCACAUGAAUUCGCUGUUGAGGGCUCUGCAACAGCUCUGGGCUUUCAGGGCAUGAAUCCGGUGGACAAUCCCUCGCAUCACGUGGGCGACCCCGUCCAGAUGAUCUAUGGGACAGAACAAGGUGUCAUUGGCCUCUGCUCCCUGGAUGCGAAGUCCAUGCGACGGACUGGAGGCGUUUCCGACAGGCAAUCCAGGCGCAUGAGCUGCAGGGAGUUGCGCGACUGCAGUCCUUGGUGA